UUUAUGCCAUAAAUACCUAGUUCAAAACUGGGUACCGACCUAGUCGACUUUUGCCCACAUCUUUCCUCAAUACUAGUCCUUUGGGCUUACAAAGAUGACUGAUAUAACGGAUUUCGAGUCGCAGUCCACGGAAGCAAAGAAGCCCGCGAAGGAGGUACCCGUAGUACAGGACCAAGGUGUUUUUCAACAUCUCACGGGGGAUACAUAUGACGGCUUUUUUGAAGCUAAAAAAAAGGACAGAAGUGUUAAAAUGCAUGGUCCAGGCACUUACACCACCAUUGAAGGCGACGUAUAUACCGGUGUAUGGGAUGGUGACAACCUGGGUGCCAAUGAAGAGACUGUAAUUUCAUUUACCGACGGCUCUAAAUAUGAAGGCUCUUCCAGAGAUUGGAGUUACGAUGGUUCCGGGAAAUACCUUUAUCCAGACGGCAGCCUCUUGUCCUGUACAUUUGUUGAAAAUUCGCCCCUUGGCCCUUUAUCAUUGACUGAUCCUAAUGGACAUAUAUGGCUAGGUAAGGCUGAGCAGGGAUAUGGUAUGCUAGACCCCGUAAAUCACUUUUACGAUUUUUUAGAGAAGACACGUGACUUAGGAAGAAUUCGGCGUCGUCACAAGAAUAAAGUUGUUCAAGAAGAAGAUCACUCGCUUCUAUCGUCACCUGCUAAGAAAUAAUUUAUUAUGACUGUAAUAUCAAUUUCAUCUUAUAAUUAUGAUACUUAUAUAGAAUAGAGUAGCCUGGUAAAGCGGUGUAUUUAAUUAGCAUAUCUGAUUACGAUGACACUUACUUUGAAAUAAAGUUGUCUGGUUGGAAU